CGACGAGAGCGGAGAACACUUCGAAUCCUAGUCGACAUCGGGUUUUCGCAAGGGAUAUCAAGGGACGCGUAUCGUCUACCUUUUUUGGAAGGGACUGUCUGUGGUGUAUCUGUCUGUGCGAGGUCGAGGAACGUCCGGAUGAAUAAUUUCAUAAAUAAAGGUCGAACGUCCGAAGAUUGAAGUUGAGAAGUUGAUCGCGAGUUCGGGAACGGGGAAGAUAAACGUGUCACGUGUGAUUGGCUUCAAGACGUGAGUCGAAGUACGAAUCUGGAUGUCCCGUUUAUUUUCCAAAAUCGUGUGGAAACCGAAACUGUGGAGCGAAAGUUAUCGGAAAGACGUGGCCGCCAUGUGAACGGUGACCUAGAGGAACGGAACGACCUCGUGGAGAAAAUAUCAGUAAGUUUCGUCGUAAGUGGUGGAAAGAAGACGGGAAGGAUGACGACGAGAGAAGAAAGGAAACGGAGGAACGCGAGGAGGAAAAGAAAAAAAGAAGAAAGAAGAGCCCCGAGGAGAAGAGGGUAGCGCAACCCCGUUGGGAUUUUUUUUUCUUUCGACCGAGAAUAAAACCUAACUACCCAAGUGAGAGAGAAUAGCUCCGUGGAUAGAAACAGCGGAUAAUUGCGAGAAGUGGAGGAGGUUUGCGUAGACUCGGCGGCCGCGAGGCGGGGAGGUGGUCGUGGUGGGGGCCGAGGGGGUGGUGAUGUGGCCGAACAGCCUCGGCGGUACAUCCGGCUGCAGCGGGGGCGCCGGCGCCACCGAUCUCGGGGGCCUCGCCGCCUCCACCACCUCGGCCUCCGAUUUAUUCGGGCCCGCCGCUUUUGGCGCGUCCGCGGCCGGGCCCUACGGCGCCCUGAAGACCAACCCUUACGUCAGCGCCCUUGGUAUGCCUCCGAUCGAGGCGCUUCACUCCACCAUCGGCUACCCUGGUUGUACUCCCGCCGGCAAUCCACGAAAGCAACGAAGGGAGCGAACGACGUUCACUCGGGCGCAGUUGGACGUUCUCGAGGGACUGUUUUCAAAGACCAAGUACCCGGACAUUUUUAUGCGGGAGGAAGUAGCAAUGAAGAUUAACUUACCAGAGUCGAGAGUGCAGGUACGUCGGACAGAAGCAACAGCAGCAACAACAGGACAAAGCACCGAGGUCGAAAAAGCCCUCCGGCAAUCCGAGUAACAAUCCGCCCUCUGGAAAAAGUCCUUCGAUUGCUACCACGCCCACGCCUGCUGCGGCCGUGCCAGCCACAACACCUCUAAGUGGAGGUGCAGGUGGUUCAGCGGCUAGCUCGCCGGCUCUUCUAAGAGAUUCUCCGCAGUAUAAACCUGCAGGAAGCGCAACCAGUUUACUCCUGGCUUCCAGUACAACUCCGCCAAGCGUAAGUUAUCGACAAAAAGAGCGUUUGCUAAGAACUUUUAUCCUCGGUGGAUAUGGAUGGUUUCACAGAAAGGGUGGUGUUUUGCAGUUAGGGGGAACGGUAUACAGCAGUGGGGGCAGUAGCAGUAGUAUCUGGAGCCCGGCCGUCACGGAAAGCGGUGGAGCAUUUCCUGGUGAUCAUCAGAGGUUAGCGUGGACAACAACCACGUCUCAACAACAAUGUUACCAAAAUUAUUCUUCUUACUACACCAACAUGGAUUAUCUCUCACCUGCAACGCAUCAGUUGAAUGUCGUGGAUGGUGGAGGAAGCGGUUUAGAUAAUACAUGGAGUAAAACGAGGGACGAGAGCGCUUCGUCUUGGUUUUACAACAGUGCCGGAUGGGGCGACCGAAAGUGAAUCUGAGACUCGCCGAUUGAUGGAAACGUCAAGGCUUCGGUACAUAUCAUCGACAAUAGAUAAGCGAACUCUCGAAAGUCGAUGGCGGUCGCUGUUAUCAACGAUGCGAGACACGGCCAAAGACAGUCCUUUUAAUGUUGAACAUAUCGUUGAACCACUACCGCGGUAUUUUAUCGUACAAGCCGCGAAUUCCAUAUUGUUCUCUUGCGUUCCAAGGAAUCCACGUAAUCGUAUUUAAAUCCACGUAAUCGUUUCUCGAGAAAAUAUGAACGUUCAUGACAAGUCGUGAUACGUGCCGAGCAAGUAGAGUGGAAAGCAAGCUAGUGUUCGAAACGUUCACCGUUUAAACUACCUAUCUCGAUAUGACGUUCGAUUUAACUAGUUCGGCUUCGUACUUCGUGUGUUUGACUUACUGCCCUCUUGCGUUGAAAUGUGCAAUUUGAUGAUGAUUAUACGUAUCAAACGAAUACUUUAGAUUUCAUUUGUCAUGACCUAGUCGUUUCGGAAGUGAAGAUAUUUUCGACAAAGGUAUUUUGAAAGAGAAUAAGCUUCUUUUUUCCCUGCUUGCAGUUAAUGUUGCAUAAAUACAUGUGAUACCAUUUGUACAUGAGAACGCAUGUGGUGAACGUAUCCUGUCGCGCGAAUUUUCUAAUUGUGCACUGUGCCAAAGGUAAUUGUUCGCGAAAGGACCGAACCUGAUGUAUAUAAUUAUAAAUAACCUCGCACCGUUCGGAGGAAUCCAAGAUAGUUAGAUAGAAUUUUGCAGGUAGCAAAACGACAGAAUAAGAUAGGCCCCCGCGUUAUUGCCGAUCACGAUUUCUCGGGAAUGUGAAGAUUACGUACGUAAAGACGCGUUUACGAACGUGUACAUAAGUUAUACUUACGAAGGCAUACUGAUCGUCUGUGUACAUAUGUAUGUACCAUUUUUCGAAAAAAGUAAUUUUCCGAAUUGAUGGGAUAUUCGAGGAUGAUCGUCGUUAUCUGACGAUUGUCAGUUUCAUUCUAAUAUCCGUAUAAAUCACUAUCGUGGGGCUUCAAUUCGUCUGAAUAGUAUUACUGUGUAAAUAAAAAAGAAAAAAGAAAAAA